UCUACGCCUGUUUUAUUUCAUUAUAAAGACCGCGACCCGAAGGCUCACUAAAGUGGCUAAGUGUAGCGUUAGUCUACAACGUGUUGUGAUCGCGUCGCCAACGUCUCGGCCGUACACUAAGCGCUAGAGGAAGCCCACUGUUAAACGAAAAGAACUUUGCGGUGCUGUUAGUCCAACGACAAAGCCAUGAAGCUUUGUCUAGUCAUCGUCACAGUGGCCGUGGCAGUGGCCACGUGUCACGCACUUCCGGUGCCACAGGAAACCGUUUUCGCUGUGUAUCCCGUUAACAGUGCACUGGCGCAACACUCGACCGAUCAGCCCUUUAACACCCAACCGGAACAGGAUGCUGGCACUACUCCCGUACUAUCUUCGCCCGUCGUCGUCGAAAAGCUCGUCGAGAGUACGCUUCCGGCGGAGCAGCCGAAGGUGUUGGAGUCGCAGGAAUCCAAACCAACCGCCGCUGUUCCGACUGAGCAGGGCGCAAAAGUCGACGCGCCAAGUGUGGCAGCAAAAUUGGCUCCACUGUUGCAAAUAACGACGGAAGUAAAGGCCGCCGAACCGACAACUACCCCCAGUCUGGUAGCUACAAAGGACGAAGCUACAACGACUGAAGCGGCUAAAACUGUGCCACAAACGGUUCCACCACAAACACCCGUUGUGGAAACGAAACCCGACGCAACAAAUGCGACCGUUAAUGAACCAAAAGUGUUAGUUGCUGAUCCAGUGGCCAAUGUGGAGAAGAAAGUUCCGAACGUAUCGGCGGAGCAGACUGUUGCUGGUGCGGAGAAGGCGCCUGCUGCUAGCGAAGAUUCUCAAAAAUUACUAGAACCUACCAAGGCUGAGGUAAAGUCGGACGCAAGCAAAGAUGAACCAACAAAACCAGCUGAAGAGCCCAAAAAAGCAGAAGUUGUUGAGGCAAACCAGGCCCGAUCGGCGGCAACUGAGGAACCUGCCGCGAAAACUGAGGCCAAACCUCAACCGGAGCGCAAGGAUGAUGUGAAGAGCGCUGAGCCGGCUCUUAAACCUGCUGCCGUGGUCGAGGAGCAACCAGCGGCUGUAGUGCCAACAAAGUCGGACCUCAAAGACGUCAACCCAACUCCAUCGUCUACCGUACCGGAACCAAAAACGGAAGGUGCGCAGGUGGACAAACCCACCAAGGUUCGCGCUGCUCCCAUUGUAGAAGGUCUUAAGGUAUCGCAACCGGUCGAGGCAGAGCCAGCAGUCGCUAAAAUCCAUGUUACCGUCAUUCAGGAGGAGCUUCCGGCGGAGAAGCAACUCGUUCCUAGCGUCCCUGCCCAAACCGUACCGGUUGCGGUGAAAGAAGUGACACCCGUCGCAGCGGUGAAGGCUGCUCAACAGGUGGAGAAGUCUCCGGUGGAGGCAGCGAAAGAAACUCCAGCCACAAAUACGUCCGAAGUAAAGAGUGACGCUCAGCCUAAGCCCACAGCCGUGAGUGAAACGCCCAAUGUCGAGACUAAGAGCGUUGCGACUGAGAAGAGUUCGGUUGUGGAGAACAAAAGUGAACCGUCUGAAUCGCCCGUAACCGCCGAAGUAACCGAAACGGCUGCUACGGUUGAACCUACGACGAAAGUUGUCCCGGAACUGGAACCAAUUGUGGUGGUUUCGAGUGUGGCGUCAGAAACAUCGGCCGAGACCACUACUGUCGUUGUAUCGUCCGCAAAGGACGAUGAGCAAACCACGAAACCUGAAGAAAAGCUGGCCACCGAUGCAGCACCAACAGUACGAUCUGCGCCAUCCGAUGAGCUUCCGGCGGGAGAGAAGCCGGUGAAAGUGGAAGACGAGCCAAAGGAGCUUAAGACGGACGAUCAGCCGCUGGCAAAAGCUGCCGACGGGAGUUCUCAGCCAGGGUCAGCAAAAGUCACGGAGUCCACCAGCGCGAACAGUGCGGAUCAGGGUGAUAGUGACAGUACAACAACGACGGUGACGAGUGUCACGGAGGCAGAACUCGCACCGACACCAGCCAGGCUGAAGGGUAAGAAACAAAUUCCUCCCAACCUACGAGGAUACAGUAAGCGCCUGAAGCAGCAAGAAGCGCGAAAGCAACUCGUCGACUUUGAGUAACAUGGCGGAAUGGUCAUGCUAAUGGCGGUAAAUCCCACAAUGUCCCUAGCUCCCGUAAGGUGUAAGAACCGUAAGAAACUAAGUGAUAGCUCCUAAGAUGACAUCAUCACACUGAAUAAAGUAUUUUUCG